AUGUUUGUUUAUAUGUUAUCCUGCUGCCUACAAAGACUUUAUGACCUUGAUAAUCACAAUGUUUUUGUAUCCAGAGAUGUGAUUUUCUUUGAGAUUGUUUUCCCAUAUGCCACUACACCUGAUUCUAUUCCUAAUAUUGUUUCUUCUCCUUCUCUAGUUCACUUUGGUACUGAUAAUUCUUCUUCAAACUUACAUUUUCACACUGUCACAAAUCACACCAGUGAACCUGGAAAUUCUUUUCUUUCUCCUAACUCUCCUAUCUUUUCUCACCCAUCUCCAAAUCCUUCCAAUCAUUUUAUACAUCCCGAUUCCCCAAAUUCAAAUUCUUCCAUUCCUUCUCCUAAUAUUUCUUUGACUUCUGGUAACCCUCAACCACCUCCUAAUCCAAUUGGUAUUCCUAUUCAUGCACCUAGACAGUCUACCAGAAAAAUAAAGCCUUCUUCAGUUCUUACUGAUUUUGUAGGAGGAUAUGUUCCCCAUAGAACUUCUUUGGUUCCAUCCAAUGACAGUGAAUCUUUGUCAUUCUCUGCUGAUUCUACACUGACUGACAAUAUUGCUUCAUUUCCACUUGACUUUGAUUGGUUACUUGAUCUGGCUUUACAUAACUUUGAUAUUUGGGAUUCUCUAGCUUUCUCUGUGUGUUCUACUUCAUCUGAUCCUCAACAUUACAAUCAAGCUAAGGAUAAUGAGAAUUUGAUUUUGGCUAUGGAUAAGGAAAUACAGGCUCUUGAGAGCAAUAACACUUGGGAUCUUACUUUAUUUCCCAAGGACAAGAAAGCUAUUGGUUCAAAAUGGGUUUAUAGGACAAAGUUGAAUCCAGAUUACACAAUAGACAAACACAGAGCAAGGUAG